AUGGCUCUAGAGGGAAAUAAUCAUGUGGGGAAACCUCCAUUCUUUGAUGGGAACAAUUAUGAUUAUUGGAAGACUAGGAUGACAGCUCAUCUUAAGGCAAUGGGAAGAAAAAUAUGGAAAAUUGUGAUUGAAGGUUAUGUGAUCUUAGACGAUAAGAACAUGACUAGGCAAGAUGAGGAGAAUGAGCUAUUAAAUGAUCAAGCCGUAAAUGUAUUGUACGGUGCUCUUGAUAUUGGUGAUUUUAAUCGAGUUAAUGGACUUGAGAGUGCUCAUGGGAUAUGGGAGAAACUCAAGAAAAUUCAUGAAGGCUCAAACACCGUCAAAGAGGCAAAAUUGUACAUCUUCAAGGGCAAGUUUAGUGAGUUUGCUAUGAAUAAGGAUGAAGAUGUGCCUACAAUGUUCAACCGGUUAAAUGGUAUCAUGAAUGAGCUCAAGUGCCUUGGCUUCAUUGUUUCGGAUGAAGAAUUCUCUCAAAAAUUCCUAAGAUCUCUCCCGGAGAAGUAUGACACAAUCGUCACAUUGCUUGUGAGAUCUGGAUUGAAGACCAUGACACCCACACAAAUACUUGGGGAAGUGAUCACUCUUGACUUAUUCAAUAAGUCCCAAGUUGAAGCUCAAGCAAAUGAACCGGAUAAGAAUAGCAUUGCACUAAAGGCCAAAGCUUCAAAGGAAGAAAGUGAUGAUGAAGAUGAUGAAGAAUCGGAUGAAAAGAUGGCACUCUUUGUAUGGAGGUUUAGAAGAAUGAUGUCUAACAGAAAAUUCAACAAGAAGGGCCAAUCUUCAAAGAAAAACCCCUUUGAAGAUAGAAAGUGCUAUGAGUGUGGAGAACCUAGGCAUAUUGCAAUUAAUUGCCCAAGCAAGAAGAACAAAAAAUAUGGCAAGAAGAAGAUUGAGGACAAGAAGAAGAAAUACUUCAAGAAAGAGAAGAAUGGACAAGCCUACUUUGUGGAGUGGGAUUCCGAUGAGAGCUCCGAUGAUGAAGAUGACAAGCCAUCAAGUGUUCUUGCCGGGAUUGCUAUCAAAGAAGCUCCAUCUCUCUUCUCCAAACAUCAUUGCCUCAUGGCCAAGGGUGAAUCUAAGGUAACUAAUGAUGAAGCUAGUGAUGAUGAAGAAGACUCACUUUCUUAUGAUGAUCUUGUUAGGAUGAUUAGUGAGUCCGACGAUGUCUUGCGCAAAAAGAGUGACAAAAUUGUGAAAUGGAAGAGAAAAUACUCCUCUCUUCUAAAUUCGUAUGAGGAGCUAAAGACUUCUCAUGAAAACCUUAAGAAGUCCCAUGAGGAGCUCCAAGCUUCGAAUGAGUUUCUUAAGGAAAGUAAUGAGAAGCUUAAGGAAGCUCAUGUCACUCUAUUUGUGCAUGAGACCGUCAAGAACAAAGAUAUUCUUUUAUUAUGUGAUAAUGAAAGUGCUAUCAAGAUUGCCAACAAUCCUGUACAACACUCAAGAACCAAGCAUAUUGAUAUUCGGCAUCAUUUUCUUAGGGAUCAUGUUAGCAAGGGAGAUAUCAAGAUUGAUGGAAUUGGCACUAAUGAUCAAUUGGCAGAUAUCUUUACCAAGCCAUUGGAUGAAUCACGUUUUUGCAAGCUUCGCAAUGAACUCAAUGUCAUUGACUUCUCUAAUGUGGCUUGA